GCUAAAUUAUUUGCAGCAUUCGACGCCGUCAUAAACUCAAGAUCAACUCAAACGGCCAAUGUUGAAGGGAGCGUCGCAUUAAUACAUUCAUUUGGCGUUUUAUCGAUGGACUGUCAAAGUGAUAUAUAAAACUUUUCGAUAGCCCGUAGGGAAGGGCCAUAAAUCAACACAACAAAGUUUCUACCUAGGCCGCCACCAUGGCCGACCAACAGCGCGAUGUGUCGCAAUACAAAUAUUCGGCGAUGUCCAAUUUGGUCUUGCAGGCCGAUAGACGAUUUGUGACUCGCCGCGGCGAUGAAGUUACAGGGGACCCGGAGUCACUUGCAGGGCGCCUCAGCAUCAGAGAUAUGGGGUCGCGCAAUGCCCGCGAAGACGCGCCGAAACAGAAGAAACCUACGGGCAUGCUUAAUGUUGAGCGCGGAAGCUUGCGGGAAGGCGAAGAUGUGUUGGAGCGAGAGCAACGGAAGCGCAAACGAGGAGAACCAGCACAACUUCGGGGUACUGGUAUUCUGUCGGCAGCGGACGCACUUGUGGAGGGAAUCCGAUACAGACCGAGGACACCUGCGACGAGGGCGACAUACGAUCUUAUAAUCACAACUGUGGCGAGCAAUCUGGGUGACGUCCCUCACGAAGUUGUACGCAGUGCUGCGGAUGCUGUGUUGGAAUACCUAAAGGAUGAUGAUAUGAAGGAUUUCGACAAGAAGAAGGAAGUCGAUGAUUUGCUGGGCACAACGAUGAAUCCGAAACAAUUCAAUGAACUUGUCAACCUUGGGAAAAAGAUUACCGAUUAUGAGGCCCAAGAUGAAGACGAAGCCAUGGGGGAGGGUGAUGCCAACGGAGAUGGAGCCGAGAUUGACGAUCGGCAGGGUGUGGCCGUCGUGUUUGAUGACGAGGAAUCAGAGGAUGAGGGAGGCAAACUGCUUAAUGAAAUCCGAGACGAAUCUUCGGAAGACGAAGAGGGCGAUCAGGAGGACAACCUCGAGGCCGAUGAGAUAGCGAGAGCCGGAGGCGCUGGCAUGGAUCGAGACGAGGACGGCAUGUUUGGGGAAGAUGAGGCAAUGACCUUAGAUUCUGGUGCCGACCGCGCUGGAGCAAAGCCAUCUGCAAAAGACAAAUCAAUCCCAGCUCGCGAAAUCGACGCAUAUUGGCUACAGAGGCAAAUUGGGCAAAACUAUGCAGAUGCCCACAUGCAACAAGUCAAAACACAACAAGCGCUACAGAUUCUUUCCGGUCUGUCUGAAGAAGGAGACGAACGGACUCUCCGUGAAAUUGAGAACGACCUAAUGGAACUUUUUGAUUACGAGCACCAUGAACUUGUUCAGAAAUUGAUUUCGAACCGAGACAAGGUCGUGUGGCUUACUCGUCUAGCCAAAGCAGAGGAUGAUGAGGCCCGGGGAGUCGUUGAGCGUGAGAUUAUCGCUGAAGGGCUUCGUUGGAUCCUUGACGAGCUAAAGGGCCGUAAAGUCUCCGUUGACGGUGGAAAGGGCAAAAAGGUCGAAAUUAAGAUGGAUAUCGACGUACCAGAGGAUUACAUUAAGGGUCCAAAAGAAGAGCAGGCCAAGGAUGGUGGCCUAGUUGGAGGCCUACAGCCAAGGAAACUCAUUAACCUGGAGAAUCUGAUAUUCGAGCAAGGCAACCAUCUCAUGACGAACCCCAAGGUAAAGCUCCCUGAAGGAUCGACGAAGAAGACUUUCAAGGGGUACGAGGAGAUUCACGUACCAGCACCAAAGAAGCGCAGCGACCCAACAGAUAGAGAUGUCCCUGUCUCCGAGAUGCCUGAGUGGUCUCGUGUGCCAUUCGGCACAACCCCAAAGCUCAACAAGAUCCAGUCCAAGUGCUUUCCAACCGCAUUUGGUGAAGAUGGAAACAUGCUCAUCUGUGCGCCAACUGGAAGUGGCAAGACGAACGUCGGUAUGCUGACCAUUCUGAGAGAAAUCGGGAAGAACAGGAAUCCUGAGACCGGAGAGAUCAAUUUGGACGGGUUUAAGAUUGUUUAUAUCGCCCCAUUGAAGGCUCUGGUUCAGGAACAGGUUGGCAACUUUGGAGCUAGGUUAAAGCCUUACGGAAUCCAGGUCUCUGAGCUUACAGGUGAUCGUCAGCUCACAAAGCAACAAAUUGCGGAUACACAGAUCAUCGUCACAACGCCAGAGAAGUGGGAUGUGAUUACCCGCAAGGCGACUGAUAUGAGCUACACCAACUUAGUGCGCCUAAUCAUUAUUGAUGAGAUUCAUUUGUUGCACGAUGAUCGUGGACCAGUGCUGGAGAGCAUCGUCAGCCGAACAAUCAGAAAGAUGGAGCAAACAGGAGACCCAGUACGCUUGGUUGGCCUUUCCGCGACAUUGCCCAAUUAUAGGGACGUUGCAAGCUUUUUGCGCGUUGACCCAUUGAAGGGUAUGUUCCACUUCGAUGGAUCUUUCCGUCCUUGCCCUUUGCGUCAGGAGUUUAUUGGUAUCACCGAAAAGAAGGCGAUCAAGCAACUCAAGACCAUGAACGACAUUACUUACACGAAGGUGCUCGAGCAUGUUGGCACCAACCGUAACCAGAUGAUUAUUUUCGUUCAUUCCCGGAAGGAAACUGCCAAGACUGCCCGGUACGUCCGCGACAAGGCUCUCGAAGAGGAGACGAUUAGCCAAAUUCUUCGAAGUGAUGCUGGUAGCCGUGAGGCCCUAACUACGGAAGCAGAGUCCGUGAACGAUCGCGACCUUAAGGAUUUACUACCAUAUGGCUUUGGCAUACAUCACGCUGGAAUGACCCGCCCCGAUAGGACUUCCGUUGAGGACCUCUUUAAUGAUGGCCUUAUUCAAGUCUUGGUCUGCACGGCUACCCUCGCUUGGGGUGUCAACUUGCCGGCCCAUACUGUCAUCAUCAAGGGCACGCAGAUUUAUUCUCCUGAGAAGGGCAGCUGGGUCGAGUUGAGUCCUCAAGACGUAUUGCAAAUGUUGGGACGUGCUGGUCGCCCACAAUAUGAUACAUAUGGAGAAGGUAUCAUCAUCACUACGCAGACCGAGAUGCAAUACUAUCUUUCUCUCCUUAACCAGCAGCUGCCCAUUGAGAGUCAGUUUGUUACCCGGCUGGCUGAUAACCUGAAUGCUGAAAUCGUUCUUGGAAACAUCCGAACGAGGGACGAGGGAGUCGAGUGGCUGGGUUACACCUAUCUCUUUGUUCGGAUGUUGAGGUCGCCUGGUCUUUAUCAGGUCGGCGCCGACUACGAAGAAGACAAUGCCUUAGAACAAAAGCGUGUGGACCUGAUCCAUUCUGCUGCGGUUGUUCUGGAGAGAUCGAAUCUGGUUAAAUACGACAAGAAAACGGGUAGGCUCCAAGCAACUGAGCUCGGCCGCAUUGCGUCGCAUUACUACAUCACGCAUAGCAGCAUGCUCACCUAUAACCACCAUAUUCAACCAUCUAUCACCCCUAUUGAACUUUUCAGAGUCUUCGCGUUGAGUGAUGAGUUCAAGUUCAUCCCCGUUAGGCAAGACGAGAAGUUGGAGCUUGCGAAGCUUUUGGGAAGAGUACCAAUACCCGUCAAGGAAAGCAUCGAAGAGCCGCAUGCAAAGAUCAACGUUCUUCUCCAGGCAUAUAUUUCCCGUCUGAAGCUUGAAGGCUUGGCUUUGAUGGCCGAUUUGGUGUAUGUCACUCAAUCUGCUGGCCGUAUUCUCCGUGCCAUCUUUGAGAUUACGCUGAAGAAAGGGUGGUCGUCCGUGGCCAAAACAGCGCUUGAGCUUUGCAAGAUGGCAGAAAAGAGAAUGUGGCCAACAAUGACACCGUUGAGGCAAUUCCCCAGCUGCCCCCGCGAUAUUAUCCAGAAGGCUGAGCGAAUUGACGUUCCUUGGAACAACUACUUCGACUUGGAUCCUCCGCGGAUGGGAGAGCUUCUCGGUCUGCCAAGAGCUGGCAAGACUGUCUGCGCUCUAAUGUCCAAGUUCCCGAGACUAGAGAUUCAGGCCCAGGUUCAGCCCAUGACCAGGUCCAUGCUGCGGAUCGAGUUAUCAAUCACACCCAAGUUCGAAUGGGAUGACGAGGUGCACGGUACAGCCGAGAGCUUCUGGAUUAUCGCCGAGGACUGUGACGGGGAGGAAAUUCUCUUCCACGACCAAUUUAUUUUGCGUAAGGAUUAUGCUCAGGCUGAAAUGAAUGAGCACCUGGUCGAAUUUACCGUUCCAAUUUCGGAGCCAAUGCCACCCAACUAUUUCAUUACAUUAGUUUCGGAUCGUUGGAUGCAUUCGGAGACCAAGCUUGCCGUCUCAUUCCAGAAACUGAUCUUACCAGAGAAGUUCCCCCCUCACACACCACUUUUGGAUCUGCAGCCUUUGCCAGUGUCCGCGCUCAAAGCCCAAGACUACGUUGCAUUAUAUCCAAAGUGGGAAUGGUUCAAUAAGGUUCAGACACAAACAUUCAACUCGCUUUACACGACGGAUGAGAAUGUGUUUGUUGGAGCUUCAACUGGUAAUGGUAAAACAGUCUGUGCCGAAUUUGCGCUCCUACACCACUGGUCGAAACCGGAGGCAGGCCGCGCCGUUUACAUUGCACCGUUCCAAGAGCUUGUCGAUUUGAGACUCCAGGAUUGGAAAGCACGCUUGUCGAAUAUCCGUGGAGGGAAGGAAAUUGUCAAAUUGACUGGAGAAACAACUGCAGACCUCAAGCUCCUAGAAAGGGGCGAUCUUAUUCUCGCUACUCCGACGCAGUGGGAUGUACUCUCCAGACAAUGGCAACGCCGAAAGAACAUCCAAAACAUCCAACUCUUCAUCGCAGACGAGCUCCAUAUGUUGGGAGGCCAGAGCGGCUAUGUUUAUGAGAUUGUGGUUUCUCGUAUGCACUACAUUCGCUCCCAGACACAACUUCCUAUGCGCAUCGUUGGUCUUAGUGUUCCGCUGGCAAAUGCACGCGACAUCGGCGAAUGGAUUGAUGCAAAGAAACAUACAAUCUACAACUUCAGUACUCACGUCAGAUCCGUUCCCCUGGAGCUUCAUAUUCAGUCUUUCACCAUCCCGCAUUUCCCAUCGCUUAUGCUCGCGAUGGCAAAGCCUACGUAUCUCAGCAUAUUACAAAUGUCUCCAGAUAAGCCUGCCAUAGUAUUUGUGCCGAACAGGAAACAAGCUCGCAAUACUACUCGCGACUUGCUGACUGCUUGUGUUGCGAAUGACGACGAGGAUCGCUUUUUGCACGCAGACAGCGAGCAGCUGAAACCUCUGUUGGAACGGAUUCAUGAAGAGGCACUUGCGGAAUCUCUUUCACACGGUAUUGGCUACUACCAUGAGGCACUAAGCACCAGCGACAAACGGAUUGUCAAGCACCUUUACGACAACGGAGCUAUCCAAGUCCUGGUCGCAUCAAGAGAUGUAUGCUGGGAGCUCGAUUGCACCGCACACCUGGUCAUCGUCAUGGGGACCCAAUAUUUUGAGGGGCGGGAGCAUCGUUAUGUGGACUACCCGUUGAGUGAAGUUCUGCAGAUGUUUGGCAAAGCGACUCGGCCACUUGAAGACACCAUGAGCAGAGGCGUGCUUAUGGUUCCUGCAGUCAAGCGCGACUAUUACAAGAAAUUUUUGGCCGAAGCGCUUCCUAUCGAGAGUCAUCUCCAGGUUGUCUUGCACGACGCAUUCGUCUCCGAGAUUAGCACGAAGAUGAUCGAAUCUGCUGAUGAUGCGAUUAACUGGACGACUUUCACAUAUUUCUACCGUCGACUGCUGGCGAAUCCCAGCUACUACAGUCUUACAGACACCUCUCAUGAAGGCCUAAGCGCUCAUCUUUCUGAGUUAGUAGAGACAACACUAAAGGAUCUCUCCGAUUCCAAAAUCAUUGAUCUGGAUGAGGAGGAUGAUUCGGUGACGCCUCUCAAUGCUGCCAUGAUCGCCGCUUACUACAACAUCUCCUACAUCACAAUGCAAACCUUCCUGCUAUCACUCAGUGGGCGGACAAAGCUCAAGGGUGUGCUAGAGAUUGUGACCUCGGCCACGGAGUUUGAGACCAUUCAGAUAAGGCGCCAUGAAGACAGUUUACUUCGUCGUAUCUACGAUAGGGCUCCAGUCAAGAUGGCAGAACCAAGCUAUGACUCUCCGCAUUUCAAGGCGUUUGUGCUUCUCCAAGCACAUUUCUCCAGGAUGCAGCUCCCUAUAGAUCUUGCAAAGGAUCAGGAGAUAAUACUAACGAAGGUGCUUGGCCUACUGAGCGCCACUGUUGAUGUGUUGUCUUCUGAUGGUCAUAUCAAUGCUAUGAAUGCGAUGGAGAUGUCUCAGAUGGUCGUUCAAGGCAUGUGGGAUCGGGAUAGUCCUCUUAAACAGAUCCCCCACUUCACACCGGAGGUCAUCAAGGCUGCUAAUAGUGCUGGUGUUGAGGAUAUUUUUGGAUUCAUGGAGGCAAUGGAUCCUUCUGAAAAUCCAAACUACGGCGCACUCGUGAAGAAACUGGGCUUGACACAGGCACAGUUGGGACAGGCUGCGAAUUUCACGAACUCGAAAUAUCCAAAUAUUGAGCUGGAGUUCGAGCUUGAAGACCCGGAGGAUAUCACCGCUGGUGUUCCUUCAUACAUCAAAGUCAAGAUCGAGCGCGAAGAAGACGAAGAUGAUGAGACUACAGAGGUCGACACAACCGUUCACGCACCGUUUUAUCCAGUCAAGAAGAUGGAAAAUUGGUGGUUGGUUGUUGGCGAGGAGAGCACAAAAACUUUGCUUGCGAUCAAACGCAUCACCAUUGGCAAGAAGUUGAAUCUACGGUUGGAAUAUACGGUACCGACAGCUGGCAAGCACGAUCUGAAGCUAUUUUUGAUGAGCGACAGUUAUGUUGGUGUCGACCAGGAUCCCAGCUUCACAGUGAAUGUUGCUGAAGGAGAAGAUGAUGACGAGGAGGAUGAAGAUGAGGAUAUGGAAUAGAAUAGUAAGACCCUGUUUACCCCUGAAGGAAGGGUUUGUUGUAUAAUAGAAAGAAAUCCGGUUGGAUUUUAGAUCAUAUCAGCCAUUUCCAGGUUCCCCCGUGUCACUGUUUCUGUGUCGAAUGGAGGCCACUUCGAUAGUUUGGAUCAGUCUAUGAUGUUGGAUCAAGGAGUCAUUUCAUAUGGUUGAGAGAGCAAUUGUGGGUUAUGCGGCUUUAUUUGGUAGGAGCUUUUCAUUGAUUCUCGCAUUUCGGUGGCUGUUCUACUUUUGGCAAUUUGUUUCCACGGCAGCCUGCAUUCUCGGGCCCAAAGUAUUGUUGUGGAAGGUUGCAGAAUCAAGUUCACCGCCACAUUCUAAUUCAGUGAUCCUCGAUCGAGACACAUCUCGACUGAACA